UAGUUCAAUCCAGUUCUUCCUUCCUAUAGCGCUUUCCCUGCACGUCACGAGAACGCGCAAAGCGACUCUAUCAUUAUAUGGGCGGGCUCGUGCUCGCUCGCGCACGCGGCGGCAGUGCGUUUGGGCGUCAUAUAAAAACGUCGCAACCCUGCGAUUUGCUUUCAAUGCGACAAGACCGGAUUUCAAAAAGGACCAGACGACCCACAGCAGUGAGUAAGGAGGUCCGCUUCAAGGGACGGACUCAACACUCAUCCGUACAUUAAAACCUCGGCGUGGGAUGCAGUAAGCGCGGUGUGAAAAUCAUGGGGGACUCGUUCUUCAACUGCUGUUAUUUCCCACCUCGACCCCCAGGCGAGGAGGAGCCCCACGGCUUCCGAACCCGCGGCGAGAGCGGCAUGGCGUCUCGCAUCUCCCCGGACAAGCGCUUCCUCAUCUUCUUCGACUUCGACGAGACCAUCGUGGACGAGACCAGCGACGACGUGGUGGUGCAGACGGCGCCCGGCCAGCAUCUGCCCGAAUGGCUGAAGGACACCUAUCAAGCGGGCCGCUAUAACGAGUACAUGCAACGGGUUCUGGCCUAUCUGGCCGAGCAGGGCGUCACCGAGAGCGACAUCCGCGACGUCAUGGAGAAGUUGCCCGCCACCCCGGGGAUGCUGGGGCUUUUCCAAUUCCUGCGCAACCGCCCGCCGCACGACUUCGAGGUGGUCCUGGUGUCGGACGCCAACACCUUCUUUAUCGAGGCCUGGCUAAGGCGAAGCGGCGCCCGCCCCCUCUUCCAUCGCAUUUUCUCCAAUCCGGCCACCUUCAACAGGGACGGGCGCCUAGCGCUGAGGCCCUUUCACGCCCACGAGUGUCAGCGUUGCCCCGAGAACAUGUGCAAGCAGGCGGUGGUCCGCGAAUACGUCACGCGCCGGACCAACGAGAGGAGGCGCCCCUACCAGAGGAUCUUCUACGUGGGCGACGGCGCCAACGACUUCUGCCCGGCGCUGGCCAUGGGGCCCCGGGACGUGGUCUUCCCACGGAGAGACUUCCCCAUGCACCGCCUCAUCACCGAGACCCACGAGGCCACGCCGGGGGAGUUCAAGGCGGUGACGGUGCCCUGGAGCUCCGCCGAGGAUGUCGUCCAACGCCUCAGGAAGCUGGUGGCCGAGUAGUCUUUCGGUCAUCUGUCAAUGAAGCCUUAAAAUUCCAGCGUGGCCGAGAACCAAAAGUGGUAUUUGCCAUGUGGCAAAAAGGAUUUUGCCAUGUGGCUAAAUGUAUUUUGACAUGUGGCAUUUUUGUUCUUGGUAUGUAGCAAAAUGGAAGAAGCAAAAUGCUCAUGUAAAGUGUAUGGUCUAAAAUCACAACCACGCGUUUUUCAGCCAUUUAAUAUAAAAGGAAAAUUUGGACGUCCAUAGCCGUCAAUGGCAUGAACGUGCACAGCCUGCAAAAAUGCCAUAUACCCCCCAAAAAAUGCCACAUACAAAAAAAAAAAAAAAAUGCCACUCACCGAAAUCCAUUUUGCCACAUAAAUGCCAAUAAAAAUGCCACAUGGCAAAAUCAAUUUUGCCACAUCGCAAAAAAAUAUGCCACAUGGCAAAAAAAGGGCUUAUGGCAAAAUCAAUUUUGUACAAGGCAAAAAAAAUGCCACAUAGCAAAAUCCAUUUUGCCACAUGGCAAAAAAUUACGCCACAUGGCAAAAGAAUGCCACAUGGCAAAAUCCGUUUUGCCACAUACCAAUAAAAAAUGCGACAUGCCAAAAUACAUUUUGCCACAUGGCAAAAUCAAUUUUCCCAUACCGCAAAAAAAAAAAAAAAAAAUGGCUGAUGGCAACAUCAUUUUUGCCACAUGGCAAAAAAAAAGUCACAUGGCAAAAAAAUGCCACAUGGCAAAAUCCAUUUUGCCACAUACUAAUAAAAAAUGCGACAUGUCAAAAUACAUUUUGCCACAUGGCAAAAAAAUGCCAGAUGGCAAAAUCCAUUUUGCCACAUACCAAUAAAAAAUGCGACAUGUCAAAAUAAAUUUUGCCACAUGGCAAAAGAAUGCCACAUGGCAAAAAAAUGCCACAUGGCAAAAUCAAUUUUGUCACAUCGCAAAAAAAAAAAAAAAUGCCACAUAGCACAAAAUAAAUGGCUCGUGGCAAAUUCAAUUUUGCCACAUGGCAAAAAAAAUGCCACAUGGCAAAGAAAAUGCCACAUGUCUAAAUCAAUUUUUCCACAUGGCAAAAAAAAUGCCACAUGGCAAAAUCAAUUUUUCCACAUGGCAAAUACCACUUUAGGAUCUCGCCGUCUCUCUAAAAUUCAGCCAAUCGCAUGAAAUCGCCGGUUGCCGUGCACAAAAAUGAUAGCCAGCAGCUAUUGCAAGUUGAAAACACAACAAUCAUUUUACAAUUAACUCGUUGGCUGCCAUUGACGGCAAUAGACCAAUCUGAAUCCGCUUUUACAUUGACCACACUUUAGCUUUGGCGUAUUUCCACUUAAACUAAGGAAACCGAUCAACAACUGCUUAAAUGUCAUUUCAGGCAAUUUACCUGAAUGCCCAUCCUAAUUAAAAGUCCUUUACCGGGGAGAAAACAAAAAAAUCUUUUCAAAAUUUCUAAAGAAAACAAUCAAAUGAGGAAUUGCCUUUAAAAUCAAUGUAGUGUAAAACCAUAGGCGGAGUUGACUUUUGGGGCAGGGGGGCACAACAUGUUGAUGACCCCGAAACGCAGUGUCAGCGAUAAAAUUAACUUACAAGAAUAUUGAUAAUAAUAAGUUGACAGUGAGCGUUUUUUGUUUCCCAUCAUUCUUGAGGGGAAUUCUAAAUCAGGCUGCUUAGGCAAUACUUUUCGCCAAGAUCGUCAUUCAUUGAAUUUGGUACGCUAACCGGUUUCGUGCCAAUGUAGUUACCCGAGUCAAAAAUUGUAUCCCCUGGGCGGAGCCAUAUAGAGGUAGAUUUGUGUCUUUAUUAUUCAACCCCAAAAAAUGUCUCUUCAAUUAAAAAAAAAAAAAUGUGUGCAAAAAUAAAUUUGAAACUUAAAAAACUCCCCCCCCAAAAAUGCACGUGAAAGCUAUUUUUCUGUGAUUUUUUUUUUUUUUUUUUUUUUUGAUUGAAGCAACUUUUUUGAUUGAAGUAAUAUUGAUUUGUUUCUGGGCCACAUUUUGGCUGGGACAUUUUUGUUUUUAUUAUUCAGUCAAACAAUAAAUUGCUUCAAAAAAACUAUAGAUUUAAAAAAAGAAAAUCAGUUCAAUCAAAAACAAAUUUCAAUCAUAGAAACAGUUUUUGAAUGCGAAAAAAAAAUUAAGAUUGAAAAAUUUGCAUUUGAACACUUAAUUUUUCAUUGAAAAAGUUUUCUUUGAUUGAAACAAUCCUUUUUGUGUUUGGGCUAUAUUAUGAUAAGGACAUUUGUGUCUAAAUCAUUCAACCACCCCCCCCAAAAUUUUUUUUUCGAUCAAAGAAAAAAAAUCAUUUUUAUUAUUAUUAUUAUUUUUUUUUUUUUUAUUAUAUGCAAAUCAAAUGACCGUCUAAGGUGCUCGAAAAAGACUUUUGUCCCAUUAUAAAAAUAUAUUUUUUUUGUUAUAUAUAUGAAAGUAUAUUAUAUGCAAUGACACUUUUCGGACAUCAGGGGGGGCCUGGCCUCCCUGACUCCCCCAUAAAAUCCGCGUAUGUGUAAAACAUAAAAGAUGUAUAAAAUGACAAGGUAACAUUAGACCCAGAACAAGUCUCGAGCCAUUUUAAACGGCAGAAACAGCAUUGGAAGCAAUAAUGUCAUCGUUUCGACUCAUUAAAAUCAUCUUUGUCUGUUUAUUCAGCCCCUUCAUUGGUUUGAGGCCACAUUCUAGCAAGCAGUUCUUAAUAAAUACAAUGCAUCUUAUUUAAUAGCAUUACAUGUUCAGUGUCUGUCAUGUCUUUUCUGCACUUUUGCAUCCAUGUUGUAUUAUCCCAGUGAAAGCACUUAUCCUGUGGUCUUGGAUGUCUGCAGCAAUAUUCAUUUUUCUAAGGUGCUUCUUUUAAAUUUCAAAAAAUGUACUGUAAUAUUUGUUUUGUUUGUUUUAUCCAAGUCCUACUUGAGGAAUUUGGUACCAGCAGCAAUAUGGGAAUAAAGCCAUCAACUGAA